AUGGGGAGCUCGACGUUCGACAACUCGUCCAGCCUGGGCUGGGUGGUCCAGAAGUUUGGCGGCACGAGCGUCGGCAAGUUUCCAGACAAGAUUGCCCAAGAUAUUGUAAAAGCGAGCCUGUCGCGGCAUCGCGUCGUCGUCGUCUGCUCAGCCAGGAGCACGGGGAAAAAGGCAGAGGGCACCACUAGCCGAUUGCUGGGCGUCUUCAACAAGCUCAAAAAUGUCGGCCCCGCCUACGCCGCCAGCUUCGACGAGGACCCCGAGGCCCUCAUUGAGCAGGCCAGGGGCCUCAUCACCGACGUCUGCGCCGACCACGUCCUCGCCGCAGAGCACUAUGUCCGCGAUCCCGCCCUCAAGGAGCUGUUGUCGCGCAACAUCGAGGCCGAGUGCCAGGAGCUCAUCGAGUACAUCUUUGCCGCCAAGCGCUUCAACCUCGAAAUCAACUCCCGCUCCAAGGACCGCGUCAUCAGCUUUGGCGAGAAGCUCGCCUGCCUCUUCAUGACGACCCUUCUACAGGAUGCGGGUGUUGACGCCGAAUACGUCGACCUGUGCGACGCCCUGCACUGCGACGCCGCCGCCCAGCUCGACGCCGGCUUCUACAAGGCGGCCGCUGCGGCGUUUACGCGCAAGAUCUCGGCCUGCGAGAGCCGCGUCCCCGUGGUGACGGGGUUCUUCGGCAACCUCCCCGGCAGCCUCAUCGACGGCGACAUUGGCCGCGGUUACACCGACCUGUGCGCCGCCCUGUGCGCCGUCGGCCUCGGCGCCGAGGAGCUCCAGAUCUGGAAGGAGGUCGACGGCAUCUUUACGGCAGAUCCGUCCAAGGUCCCCACGGCGAGGCUGCUACCGUCUAUCACGCCCUCGGAGGCGGCCGAGCUGACCUUUUACGGCUCCGAGGUCAUCCACCACCUCACCAUGGACCAGGUCAUCCGCGCCCAGCCCCCGAUCCCCAUCCGCAUCAAGAACGUAAAGAACCCGCGCGGCAACGGCACCAUUGUUAUCCCUGACCCUGGCCUGUCGGCGGGCCACCAGCUCCACCGCUCGCGCCCGUCGACGGAACCGCAGCCCCUCAAGACGCCCAAGCGCCCGACGGCCGUCACCAUUAAGGACCAUAUCAGCGUUAUCAACGUGCACUCCAACAAGCGGUCCAUCUCGCACGGCUUCUUUGCCCGCAUCUUCUCCAUCCUCGACAAGCACUCCAUCUCGGUCGACCUCAUCUCCACCAGCGAGGUCCACGUCUCCAUGGCCAUCCACUCGGGCAGCACCCAGAUGGACGCCUUUGCAAAGGCCAAGCACAGCCUGGCCGAGUGCGGCGACGUUAGCGUCCUCACCCACAUGGCCAUCCUGAGCCUCGUCGGCUCCGACAUGAAGAACAUGAUUGGCGUGGCCGGCCGCAUGUUUUCGACGCUCGGCGAGCACAACAUUAACCUCGAGAUGAUUUCCCAAGGGGCGAGCGAGAUUAAUAUUUCGUGCGUGAUAGACGCGCGGGACGCGACGAGGGCCAUGAACGUGCUGCACACGCACCUCUUUACGUUUUUGGAAUGA